UCCAAUCCUUGUCCAUGAAAAGAAAACUCCUGCUACACCAAAAAAAAGAAGAAGAAAACUCCUGAGAAAUGGAAUGAGUCAAUAAGCAUUCAUUUGAAAGAUGCCAUCUCUUCCUCUCCGCAACCCCCCAUCACCGCUCUUCCAUUUCAUUCCAACCACCACCACACUCUUCCACUUCCACAAACACCCUUCAUUCCAAUCAAAAGCCAUGGGUUCCUUUUCUUCUUCUCCUUCUCCUUCUCCUUCUUCUCCUUCUCCUUCCACAUCCAACGACACCAAACAUCAAAACCUCGACGAACACAAACUCUCCCACGUGCUCAAGUACCACAACCAAACCAAGCACAACUUCAAAAAUUACGCCAGAGGGCCCCACGGGCUUGAUUGGGCCAACCAGCCCAACCCAUUUCGCAGGUACCUCUCUGCUCCUCUCCUCUCUCUCCUCCACUUCCCAACUUCACCGCCAUCACCAUCACCACAAACACAACCACUUGAUGCACCCCUUUACUCUUCUCUCUUCAAUUCUCUUCCUUCUCCAAAACCCAUUUCCAAAUCCACUAUUUCACAAUUCCUCUAUGAUUCCCUCGCCCUCUCCGCUUGGAAAACCACUGGCUUUUCCACUUGGUCCCUCAGAGUGAACCCAAGUAGUGGCAACUUGCACCCUACGGAGGCCUACAUCGUUGCACCUGCUAUACCCUCUCUCUCUGAUUCACCUUUUGUUGCUCAUUAUGCUCCAAAGGAGCAUUCUUUGGAGCUUAGAGCUCAAAUCCCAUCUGGGUUUUUCCCCAAGUUCUUUCCCCCCAAUUCUUUCCUUGUUGGGUUGUCUUCAGUUUUCUGGCGUGAGGCUUGGAAGUAUGGGGAGCGUGCUUUCAGGUACUGUAACCAUGAUGUUGGUCAUGCCAUUGCUGCAAUUGCAAUGGCUGCUGCGAGUCUUGGUUGGGAUGUGAAGCUUUUGGACUCUUUGGGGUGUGAUGAUUUGAAGAGUCUUAUGGGACUUCAUGUUUUUCCUGAAUUUGAAAUUCCAUCACGUGCUGUUAAAGGGAAGAUUCCAGAGAUUGAGUUUGAGCAUCCAGAUUGUGUUAUGCUGGUUUAUCCAAGUGGGGUUAGUGGGUUUGAUGUGAAUUAUAAGGAGUUAAGUUCUGCCAUAUUGGAGUUUUCCAAGUUGGAGUGGAAAGGGAAGCCUAAUUCUCUUAGCAAAGAGCAUGUGUGUUGGGAUAUUAUUUAUAGAACUGCUGAGGUUGUGAAGAAGCCUUUGACCUUGGGAAAUAGAUUCUUGGUUGAUCCAUUUCAAAGGAGUGACCUUUAUAGUGAAAAUUCAUACAAGGGUUUAACUGUGAGGCAAGUUGUUAGGAAGCGUAGAAGUGCUGUUGAUAUGGAUGGAGUUACAGGAAUGGAGAGAGAUACUUUUUAUCAGAUUCUGUCACAUUGUCUUCCUUCAGGUUGUGGAGGGAAGCAAAGGAGACAGCUUUCAUUGCCAUUCCGAGCCCUUCCUUGGGAUGCUGAGGUGCAUGCUGCAUUGUUUGUUCAUAGAGUGGUGGGGUUGCCUCAAGGGUUGUAUUUACUGGUGAGGAAUGAAAAUCAUCUUGAUGAGUUGAAGAAAGCUAUGAACCCUGACUUUCUCUGGGUCAAACCAGAGGGCUGCUCCGGUGAUCUUCCUCUAUAUGAACUCCUUAGAUCCGAUUGUAAGCGGCUUGCUAAGCAGCUUUCAUGCCACCAGGACAUUGCUAGUGAUGGUUGCUUCAGCCUUGGUAUGUUGGCUCGUAUGGAACCUACUUUGCGUGAGAAGAAUGUCUGGAUGUAUCCACGUUUAUUUUGGGAGACUGGAGUCCUUGGACAGGUGUUGUACCUUGAAGCACAUGCUGUUGGAAUCUCCGCAACUGGAAUUGGUUGCUUCUUUGAUGACCCUGUGCAUCAGUUGCUUGGGUUAAAAGGGUCAACAUUCCAGAGCCUCUAUCAUUUUACUGUUGGAGGUCCUGUCUUAGACAAGCGUAUAAUGAGUUUACCAGCAUAUCCAGGCCCUGAUGUUGAUGCUUGAUGUUGCAUAAUUACUUCAAAUUGCCAUUCAUUGUGAGGGAGACUUGCAUAACAAAACACCCGUCAAAUGAAACUCCCCCAAAACACACUUUCUUUGGAUUGAUAUAACACCUCUGUAUAUCAGUAUAUGUGAGACCUCUACGUAGUUAAAAUCUUAGCCACAUGCACAUCUACACAUUUGAUAAUUUUGUUGGUGACAUUAGGAACAUACUACCUUCUUGUUAGUAAAUAUGUAAUAAUAUCAUAGUAAUAAACCUUGGUGACAAUGUUGUUUUCAAACGGGGAGGUAUUAAACGUUGUUAGUUAAUUAGUGAGCUCAUUUGUAUAUUUAAGUCUUAGAUGGCUAAUGUGACUCAUUAGAAAAUUGCAUUUGAAUCA